CCCGCCGGGAGGACCGAGCAUUUCUGUCGAUCUUUCUCGCCGUGAGCCGGUGACCUGACUCACCGCCGCGGGAAUCGCCGGCGCCUUCUCUUCUCUGCACCUGCCGACGGCUGGAUCCGAAAGGGGAUCAUCUUCCGCGAGCUCGCGUCCUCCUCCAGCCCACCUCCGCCACUCACCGCCUCUGUAGGCCGAAAGGCUGGAAUCUGCAGAAAAUCGCCCGCCAAUUCACAUCCGACAGGCUUUUGCUCAGCUGAUCUCAUCUGGACAAUCAACCUGAAGAGAUUACCAUAGCGUGCAUGGUUUUUUGGGAAUGAAGCGUUUUGUCUACAUAAAUGACGAGUCUUACCAGAAUGACUACUGUGAUAAUCGGAUUUCUAAUACAAAGUACACCUUAUGGAACUUCUUGCCGAAAAACCUGUGGGAACAAUUCAGGCGCUUCAUGAAUCAAUAUUUCUUAUUGAUAGCCUGUCUGCAACUAUGGUCACUUAUCACUCCUGUAAAUCCAGCAAGCACUUGGGGCCCACUUAUAAUUAUCUUUGCAGUUUCCGCAACCAAAGAGGCAUGGGAUGAUUACAACAGGUAUAUUUCAGACAAACAAGCGAAUGAAAAAGAAGUGUGGAUUGUUAAGAAUGGUGCCCGGAAACAUAUUCAAGCCCAAGAUAUCCGUGUUGGUAACAUAGUUUGGAUUCGAGAGAAUGAAGAAGUACCAUGUGAUCUUGUUUUGUUGGGAACAUCUGAACCACAAGGCCUCUGUCAUGUUGAGACAGCUGCUCUUGAUGGGGAAACUGAUUUGAAGACAAGAGUAAGUCCACCACCGUGUGUAGGGCUGGAGUUUGAACAGUUGCACAAAAUAAAGGGUGUGAUCGAGUGCCCGAUACCAGAUAAAGACAUACGAAGAUUUGAUGCAAACAUCCGCCUGUUUCCUCCAUUUAUUGAUAAUGACAUUUGUCCAUUGACUAUUAAUAACACAUUGCUACAGUCAUGCUACUUGAGAAAUACAGAAUGGGCUUGUGGAGUAGCAGUUUAUACUGGCAAUGAAACUAAGUUGGGAAUGAGUAGGGGUGUCCCAGAACCCAAGCUAACUGCUAUGGAUGCAAUGAUCGAUAAGCUUACUGGUGCCAUAUUCUUAUUUCAACUUACAGUCGUUGUUGUUCUUGGGGCCGCAGGCAAUGUUUGGAAGGAUGCAGAAGCUCGCAAGCUAUGGUAUGUUAAGUAUGAUGACAACGAACCAUGGUAUCAGAUUCUGGUUAUACCUCUGCGGUUUGAACUAUUGUGUUCUAUUAUGAUUCCGAUUUCAAUAAAGGUUUCUUUGGACUUUGUUAAAAGUCUAUACGCAAAGUUUAUAGAUUGGGACGAGGAUAUGUAUGACCUGGAAAAUGACACACCUGCCCAUGCAGCCAACACAGCAAUUAGUGAAGACUUGGGGCAGGUCGAAUAUAUUUUGACAGAUAAAACUGGGACAUUGACUGAGAACAAGAUGAUCUUCAGAAGGUGCUGUAUUGGGGGUACCUUUUACGGGAACGAAUGUGGAGAUGCGCUCAAAGAUGUUGAACUACUGAAUGCUAUCGCCAAUAAUUCUCCUCAUGCCAUCAAAUUUCUGACAGUCAUGACACUCUGCAAUACAGUAAUUCCUAUAAAAAGUCCUAGCGGAUCAAUUUUGUAUAAAGCCCAGUCCCAGGAUGAGGAUGCUCUUGUAAAUGCAGCUGCAAAUUUGCAUAUGGUUCUUGUCAGCAAAAAUGGAAAUAAUGCAGAAAUUCACUUCAAUCGGCGAGUGAUGCGAUAUGAGAUACUCGACAUUCUUGAGUUCACAUCUGAUCGGAAAAGAAUGUCUGUCGUCGUUUUGGAUUGUCAGAGUGGCAAGAUUUUUCUCUUGUCCAAAGGCGCUGAUGAGGCAAUGCUUCCUUGUGCUUAUUCUGGGCAACAGACAAAGACGUUUGUUGAUGCUGUUGACAAAUAUGCUCAGCUGGGGUUGCGCACACUCUGCUUGGGAUGGCGUGAACUGGAAUCAGAGGAAUACACUGAAUGGUCUCGAUCAUUUAAGGAGGCCAAUAGUGCAUUAAUUGACAGGGAGUGGAAAGUUGCUGAGGUUUGUCAAAGAUUAGAACAUAGCCUGGAGAUUCUAGGUGUCAGCGCAAUAGAAGAUCGCCUCCAGGAUGGGGUACCAGAAACUAUUGAAAUACUGAGGCAGUCAGGAAUCAACUUCUGGAUGUUAACUGGCGAUAAACAAAGCACUGCCAUUCAAAUUGCUCUUUUGUGCAACUUGAUUUCUUCAGAACCUAAAGGGCAGCUCUUGCAUAUCAAUGGGAGAACUCGAGAUGAAGUUGCUAGAAGCUUGGAAAGAGUUCUUCUUACCAUGCGGAUAACAUCAUCAGAGCCUAAGGAGUUAGCUUUUGUAGUGGAUGGCUGGGCACUAGAGAUUAUUCUGACACAAUAUACUGAAGCUUUUACUGAACUAGCGGUUCUUUCAAAAACUGCGUUAUGCUGCCGUGUUACACCAUCGCAGAAAGCACAGCUAGUGAAGCUUCUAAAAUCAUGUGACUAUCGAACUUUGGCUAUCGGUGAUGGUGGAAAUGAUGUAAGGAUGAUACAACAGGCUGACAUUGGCGUAGGAAUUAGUGGUAGGGAAGGUCUUCAAGCUGCAAGGGCUGCUGACUAUAGCAUUGGCAAGUUCAGGUUUCUGAAAAGGCUGAUUCUUGUCCAUGGACGAUACUCUUACAAUCGAACUGCAUUUCUUUCGCAGUAUUCUUUCUACAAGUCAUUGUUAAUUUGCUUUAUUCAGAUACUUUUUUCUUUUCUUUCAGGCAUUGCUGGAACUAGUUUAUUCAACUCGGUUAGUUUGAUGGCUUAUAAUGUUUUCUACACAAGCAUUCCUGUUUUAACUACGGUCCUGGACAAGGAUUUAUCUGAAAAGACAGUGAUGCAAAACCCAGAGAUAUUACUUUACUGCCAAGCUGGAAGGCUUCUCAAUCCAAGUACUUUUGCUGGUUGGUUUGGUCGAUCAUUGUAUCAUGCAAUCAUUAUUUUCGUGAUAACCAUCCAUGCGUACGCAAAUGAGAAAAGUGAGAUGGAGGAGCUGUCAAUGGUUGCACUCUCAGGAAGCAUUUGGCUGCAGGCAUUUGUUGUGACAUUAGAGAUGAAUUCCUUCACAUUUGUGCAACUUCUGGCCAUAUGGGGGAACCUCAUUGGCUUCUAUGUCAUCAACUUCUUUAUCAGCAGUAUACCAGCUUCUGGAAUGUACACAAUCAUGUUUCGCCUCUGCGGACAACCGUCAUACUGGAUAACUCUGGUGCUGAUCAGUGGAGUUGGAAUGGGUCCUGUAUUAGCUCUGAAGUAUUUCAGAUACACAUACAGACCUAGCGCUAUCAACAUUCUUCAGAAGGCCGAGCGUUCAAGGGGGCCAAUGUACACCCUGGUGAGUCUGGAGUCUCAACUGAGAUCAGACAAAGACAAUAUGAUGGUAUCCAGUUCCACAACGCCAGUCAAGAAUAAGAGCUCUGUUUAUGAGCCUUUGCUUUCUGAUUCACCGAUGGCAUCCAGGAGAUCCCUUGCGCCGUCGUCAUUUGACAUCUUCCAGCCGGCACAUUCCAGAACAUCUCACCCGAGAAAUAUAAAAGCCAAUUAGUUUUUCCCCCCGACCGCAGUUCGCAAUAGAGGUUGAGAACAAUACAGCAUUGAAGCCUUCGAAAACAAGGAUCGUAAUUCAUAUAUAGCAUUGUAAAUUGUAAUCCGUCCGCUAACCGACACUCCAUCGACGAGAUCUUUUCCGUCCGCCUGCAGAAGCGCUUGUCCCCCCUUCCUCGUAUCAUGCUGCCCCUCACGGAUUGGCCACUGUUCUCCUGUUCCGUCUUUGCGGCAGCCGGCCGGCGAAGAUGAGAAUUGGCGGGGAAGUUGCCGCGCCCGAGGAAAAAAAUCGCGCGCGUAAGCAGAUAGGGUUCAUCAAGAGGAGUAGAGGACUUUUGACUAAGAGCCUAAAACCGACUACACUAGCUUGCUGGCCAUCUUUCCUCAAUAUUCCUUCUCUCUCCCAGAUCUCCGACAUGAUUCUCCAAUAUCACACCUCCCGAACGCUAGCGCACACCAUGUCCGCCACCAAGAUCGACCUGGAGUCGAGCUCAGCCGACAACUCCACCGCGGCCGGAGACGGCGAGAGGCAUCCUCCUGCUACCACAGGACUCCAUCGGCUCAGUCGAGAAGUGUACGCGGAAGAUCUGGGUUUGCGAGGGCAGUAGGCAGUUCAAUGACGCACCGCGUGCUCACCUACGUACCAGGCCUCUACAAGAUCUUCGAUGAGAUCCUCACCUACGCUGCCGACAACAAGCAGCGCGACCCGAGCAUGGACUCCCUCCGCGUGGAGGUCGACGUCGACCAGUGCUGCAUCUCCAUCUACUACAACGGACGAGGCGUCCCGAUUGAACUCCACCCGGAGGAGGGCCUAUACGUGCCGGAGAUGAUCUUCGGCCACCUCAGCAACUACGAAGAGAUAACUGGCGUCAAGCUGGCCAACUUAUUCUCCACGGAGUUCAUCAUCGAGACUGUCGACAGUCGCCUUGAAAAGAAGUACAAGCAGGUGACACAUUUCGGCUGUCCUCUUUCUUCGCGCAGAUGUUUCCAUUUGGUUUUCGAGCUGCUCCUUCAGCUUUCAUCACAUUGUUAUUUUUAGUUUUCGUGAUGCUACCAUUCAGCUUUCAUCACAUUGUCUUUUUUAGUUUCCGGGAUACUAUGAAUCACACCUGAAUUAUAUCAAUCAUUUGGUUAAAAAUCCAGCUCAUGUGUGACCAAACAAUCAUGUGGGCUAACAGGGCUGGAGGACUCCGAGGUUCAUAGGUGCAGAUCAAUCCCAAUCGUAGGAGAGUAGUAUGGAACAGACUUAUGUGAAGCAAUUUCCUUUAACUGUUGUAUCUGGAGUAUAAUUCAGAUAUAUAGGGCAUAAUGCCCUCUUGAAUAUUUUGCAGGCUUUCUCCGAGAAUUUGGGAAAGAAGUCAGAGCCCCAGAUCACAGUUUGCUUGCAGAAACUGGACAAGAAUCACAUUCAAGCCGGACCUUGCAAAAUUUCACAUGACCCACCUUGAUGAUGAUGCCAUGGCCCUUAUAAGGAAGAGAGUUGUUGAUGUGGCCGGUUUUUUAGGUGUAACCGUACAGGUUGUGUUUAAUGGCCAGAGGUUUCAACGGUUAAAGAACUUUCCAGAUUAUGUCCUUUGUUAUAUUAGCAGUGCUUCCAUAGACAGAGAAGAACGACUGCCAAAGUUUUGUGAUAUUUCAAACAAACUUCAGUUUGAAUAUUGUUAUGUCCGCAAGUCAAAGCUUGUACCAAUUGCGUUUCUAAUCAUUGAGCUUUUCUUUCUUUCAGGAUCUGCCAGAGGGUUAAUGAUCAGUUGGAGGUGUGUGUGACUCGAAGUGAGGGAACUUUUCAGCAGGUCAGCUUUGUAAACAAAUUUGCAACUAAUGAAGGGGGGACUCAUGUAGAUUAUGUGUCGAAUCAGAUUGCUGCCUGCAUUGCGAAGUUCUGUAGCAGGCACUUCAAGGUUGAAGAGUGUGAAGUUAAGAAACAUUUAUGGGUCUUCGUUAAUGCUUUCAUGGAGAACCCAACUUUCAAUUCACCGACCAGGGAUGCUUUGACCUCUCCUCAGGAGAGCUUUGGGUCAAGCUGUGAGCUUUCUGAUCACUUUGUCAAAAGCAUUUUUCAAUGCAUCAUCAGCAAACUAUCUCCAUGGAAUUCAUCAAAAGAUACGGAGCCUUCGAAAAGGAGGUGCUAGUGUGACUCCGGAUAUGCUUGUGUUGGGAGGACCCUUCAGCGCAUGAAGGCAGCUUAGAGAUAGCAUGUGGCUAUCCACAUUGGUUUGUUAGUCAAGGUGGUUUGAGUUGUUAGGAAGUGAAGUCAGGAGGUUGGUUAUCUGAUGGAUUAGAGGUUGUAUUUAGUAGCCAGCUAUAUAAUGCCAGGCCUGGAGGUUGUAUUAAGCAAGGAUCAGCUCAUGAAUGCUGCCCUCGCAAAAAUAUUGCUUUCUUUUCUGUCAUAUAUGGUCCAACUAUACUGUACUGUCGGUUGAAUGCAAUUGAACGAGAUAAAUUAUAAAUC